CUGGAGGUGUAUUAAGGGUGUUACCCUUUAUUUAAAGUUCACUGAAAGUUCUUAUUUGUGUGGUUCUCCAGUAAACAGCAAGUCAAAUUCCUUGUACAGUACAUGUGAUCUUAUUCGGCCAAUAAAAACUUAUUCUGAUUCUACAGGAUUAAACAUAAUCGUUACAUUAAAGGACUGAUCUAAUAACAUUAUGCUAACCUACAACUGCUGCUGGGGAUGAUAGGGAAUGCAAAUUCCCACACUAUAGUUCAUAUUUGUAUACAUCGGGGCGAAACGAGGAUCGUGUAAUAUGUAGAGUUUUUCAAUGAGGACAAUAAUACAAUUACAUUCUUAGAGGCGGUAUGAAGAAAUUGAAACUUACAGGACCGAUGUUAUAUACUUUGGCGCAAAACAGAAAGGUCAUUAAGGGCCGACGCUGCUUACACGUCCCUCACCACAAGCCCAUCUAUACACCGACAAGGUUAAAAAAUUGUGGGGGAAAUAGCUUUCAAAGAAAAAACCUUUCAUAAAAGACAGAAGACGCUCUCAACAGGCAACUGCUGUCAGUUAUCAUGGCCCAAAGGAUGGAUCAUGUUGAGCCAAAACCCGGUGACCUAAUUGAGAUUUCUCGUGGGAUAUACCAGCACUGGGCCACAUACGUUGGAAAUGAUAAUGUCAUCCACCUCACCACACCAAACGAGGCAGGAUCCAACAGCACGAUGUCUGUCUUGAAUGACAAGGGCAUUGUAAAAAUGGAAAAGCUGUCAGAUGUGGCAGGUGGAAAUGAAUACCGCAUCAACAACCGUAUGGAUGAUAAAUAUGAGCCCAAGAGUGGCAGCAACAUUGUGAAUGAUGCUCAGAGUCUGGUGGGUCAGAAGGUGCCAUACAGUGUCAUUAAUAGCAACUGUGAGCAUUUUGCGACAGGCAUGAGGUACGACAAGCCUGAGUCCCAACAGGUGCGUGGUGCCGUGCAGACGGCUGCAGGAGUGGGAGCUGCUGCGAUCGGUGUGGGUCUGCUGGCUGCAGGUGCUUCUGCUAUGUUUGGUAGCAGGGCGAAAGAGCGGAGGAACAGUCAGUGAGAUGAAGCCUGACAGUGGAGGUGGAGGGUCAGCUUAAGCACAGACCUGCACAAACCGUGUGCCCCACCCAGCCUGAAUGACAUCCUGCUUCCUUACUGCUCACUGCUGAAGUAUUUACUGGGAAAUCUGUAAAUGUGUGUCUAUCUCAAAACCUUCUCAACCUUCAAAUUGAUUUUAAUGCACAAUGGUAAACUGAUAACUGCCAGCAAAUGGAUACUGAUGUUUUGCCAAGCAGAUAAGCUGACAUAAGAGUAGUGAGCUGAGCUCUAUUUGAUGCCAUGCAGUGAGAACUGGAAUGAUUUGUACAUUUACAUUCUAAUUGUUAGCUUUGUGCCAAGGAUUUUUAAAAGUUAUACUCUGCAAUAAAGGGUAAUUUACAUGAUCUAAUACUUUUUAAAAACUGAAUAUUUAUUAAAGUGAUUUUUGGAACUAAUCUGUUAAUUUCUUAAGGAGAAAUUGAAACUUUGAUAAUUCACUUUAUAUGACCUGACUGUUUUGCUUUCUCUUGGUGUUUUAUUGUUUUCAAUAUAAAAUAAUUAAACUGCAAUAACUGAU